GCCGUCGAUGCCAUUAGGGUCGAGGCCAGUGUUGCAGGAACACCUCGUUUUUCCCCUGUAUUUCUCUUAAAUUAUUAUUCUAUUUACAAAAUUUUAUUUAAAAAAAGCUUGUUAUUAGAUAUAUUUUCAAAGAGUGUUUGUUAAAUUAUAAAAUUUCGUUGUCAUCUUCCUGAAAAGGAAGACGUCUUUCGAUUAUGGUUGUCUCCAGUGAAAUUGAUUUUCAUCUUCAGUGUAGUCCAUCGUUUCUGAAACAUCAUUUUUGCAUAAAGAGGGAAGAUGAGGAGUGGAGUGACUCGGAGAAGACGCCGUCCGUGAGCAGCGGAGUCGAAGGAGGAGGAUCGGCAGUCUCGAGUCCCUCGGCACCAGCUGUUGAGGAGGAUUCGAGUUUACCACCUCCACCGAGACUCAAUUCCGUUUUACCUGUGAUAACUCCGAAUUCCGUUACCGAGGACAUCCGGUUACGAUUUAGCGUACUCUCCGAAGAUGCGAGGAAACGACUCUCUAGUCUCACCGAGGAUAUUGAGGCUUCGAGAGGAUCGAGGGAGAGGCACUCGUCGACGAAGACAACGUCGUCAUCGGCACAUGAAUCGAGUCCAAAAGCGACGCGUCUCGACAUUGACGAUGACACGAAUAUGGUUGUCAAGGACGGAGAGGAUUGUGGACGAGCAUCAUCGUCCUCCUCCUCGUCCACCACACGGCGAAGAGAAGCCCGAAGGGAUUCGGAGGAUUCGCGACGAUCAGAUGAUGCAUCGUGUGACACGAAGAAAGCACGUUUAGACGACGAUGUCACGCCAAGAUUGAGACUGAAUACUAGUCUGGCAACGGAUCCUGCUCUCCGGCCAGCCACCGUUGCCGCUCUCACCAUCAAACCUGAGAAUGUCUCGCCUCCAAACCAAACGCCACCGCUGCCCGUUGGACUCCAAAAUGCGAUUGCCUCCGGUCGUCUUUACGUGUUGCCAACGGACGGGAAGGAGACUAUAACUCUUGAGCCGGCAAGACCAGCGCCGUUGAUUUGUCCUCCAUGUGGAAUUAGGUUUAGUUCAGCGAGCACUUUGGAAGCACAUCAGACAUUCUAUUGCGCUCAUCGGCCACGUCUAGAGGAGGACUCGGCGAAUAAUGACGAGGACGAUGAGAAAAGUGGCAAAUUCGACGUACGCAAGGCCUACGCGUGUCCACAUUGUUCGUACAGUGCUGACAAGAAAGUCUCUCUCAAUCGGCACAUGAGGAUGCACGCCGCUUCACCCGUGACACCUUCUGUACCACCAGCACCAACAACUCCCGUGGGGAAUUCCGCGUCCGUCACUCCCGUUUCCAAUGGAACCCUCAACGAGGAGGCCGAGAGAUACUGCCGCAAUUGUGACAUCAGGUUCAGUUCGUUGAAGACGUACCGCGCGCACAAGGCGCAUUACUGUAAUACAAGACACGUGGUAAAGGAUGCACAACCAGCGCCAGCAUCGGUGAAAGCAUCUCCGCCAACGAGUUCGAGUCCUGGUGAUUCGCCCCCGCCUCAGCCGUGUCUGGCCCUACCGACAAAUCCAAUCCUCAUUGUUCCUUAUUCAUUGUUUCGUGGUGCGAGUGUUCUGGCGGCUCCCGCUCUUCCUGCUCCCGAUACCGCGUGCUUCCUAUUGCCAAAUGGAUCAUUACAGCCAAUGACGAGGGGUAUUUCCACGACACAAAAUACCGUGACCGAGGCACCAUCCGUUCUUCGCGCCGCGAAUAAACCAUCGACACCGUCAUCAAUUGGUUCAACAUCAACGUCACCCACUGCGCCCGCCUCGGCACCACUCGAUCUCAGUAUCAGACGUUCGCCUGUUCAUCAGGACGAGAAGGAGAAUAGAGUUUCUCCAGCGCCAACGUCAUUGCCACCGCCACCGGGCAGUCCGAGAUCAAGGGGCAGCAGCAGUCCACGUUCAAGAACAAUUUCGAGCAACACAACAAAUGCUGUUGUUUCGAAUCCAACAACUGAACUUGCACUUAGAUUGACUGAUUUGCCACCGCCUCAGGCUCCUGGAGUUCUUGUUAAACAAGGUGUCUCCCGGUGUAAGGAGUGCAACAUUGUGUUUUGCCGACAUGAAAAUUUUGUGGCCCACAAAAAACAUUACUGUCAAGCAAGGGAAAGUACAAUAAGUAGUCCACCACCCCCGGGAACGCCUUCACCUCCUCUUGUUCAGCUUAUAUGCGCCGCUUGUGGUAUUAAAUUUGCUUCGAUGGACAAUCUCGCUGCUCAUCAAGCAUUCUACUGUCCAAAGAGGCCAGAAUCUCAGGAACAUCAUACUCGAUGUCACAAAUGCAAGGCAAUAAUCGAAUCAGGAAGUACUCAUACGUGUACCAGCAGUUCGACAGGUGGAUGGCGAUGUCCAGUUUGCGGUGCAGUGAGUCCAACGGCUUUGGCCGCUCAGCGACAUAUGGAUGCUCAUCAAGGUGUUAAAGCUUUUAGGUGUACAAUUUGUCGAUAUAAAGGAAAUACCCUUCGUGGCAUGAGAACACAUAUCAGAAUGCACUUUGAAAAACGUGGCACAGAUCUGCAGGAGGAAAAUUACAUAACAUGCGUCCUGGAUGAUGAUACAACAACAACACCAACACCAGAACCACCACCGGCCGUAACACCCGAUGAAAUUCCCGCUGAAACACAAAUGAAUGGAAAAGCGGAAGUGAGAAAAAGUAGUCCACAGCCUGCUGUAACAAAUAAUCCACCACAGCCACCAGCAUCACAAACGUUGACAGUCGCCGGAAAAGUGAAACAAGAACGAGAAGACACACCACCACCUGAGGAAAGUCUAGAUCCAAAUAAAACUGGACCACGAUAUUGUCGAUCCUGUGACAUUAGCUUUACCUAUCUGAGCACAUUCAUCGCUCAUAAAAAAUUCUAUUGCUCCAGCCACACCGGUGAAGCUAGUAACAAUAACAAUAAUAACAAUAAUAAUUCCAGUAGCCAUACAUCUACGCCACCAACUGGAAGGGCAGAGGCUCCUGUACUAUAAAUUUUAGCCAAAACUCUAUUUUUUGCCUUCCUCGCAGUGAAAACAAUAAUCUCUGAACUCUAGUAUUAAUUCUAUCAAUUAAUUUAUUCUUCUCAAUUCUUUUUUUAAAUCUUUUUUUGUUCCCUAAGAAUACUUUUUUGAAUUUCUUACCGAUAGCAAUUAAGAAGCAGAAGAAGAAGAAAAUUAUUAAUUCCCCCAAAUGGAAAUUUUCAAACGUUCAGAGAUGACCUUUUAUUCACUUUAUAUGAAAUCCUCCUCGAAAUAUUUAAAAUCGAGACGAAAAAAAAUAACGGACUAUCAAUAGGUCUGUUAAUUGUUGCCAGUUUAUACAUAAAAAUAGAAUGUCGGCUUACAUAGUUAAUUACACAGUGUGAUUUUCGUUGAUCCAGGGAAUUGUUCUUAAAUUUAAGUCCAAAUACCAACCUUGUAAAUAUACGCAUAUAUAUAUAUAUAUAUAUAUAUAUAUAUAUAUAUAUAUAUAUAUAUAUAUAUAUAUAUAUAUAUAUAUAUAUAAUUAUAUAAUAUAUACUAAAAAUAAGUUUCAAAAGUCAAGGGCGAAUGAGAAAUAAAAAAACACUUUCUUUACCGAAAUAUAUAAGUCAAAGAGAGGAAGAAUGAAAAUUUGAAGAUGUUUUCAGCCUUUAUGUUGUGUAUAUAAAUAUCGUACUGAGAUGAUUAUCAUCAAUGAUCUCCUGUUUGCGAUUUUUUUUUAAAGUGAAAUGAAAGAAUGGUGAGAAAAAAAAAUUUCGAAAGCGAGUCUCGGAUUUUUCGAAAUCGACCCCCCCAAAAAAAAAAUUAAUAAAUAAAAAGUGAGGGUGUGCAAUCUCAUGACUUAAAAUAAUCUCGUAGUAAUAGUUAACAUACCUAAGGAAAACAAAAAAAAUAAAUUAAAACAUGAAUGAAUGUAAAAUGUUGUACAGUAGAGGAAAUAGGAAUUAAUUUAGCGAACAUCCUGAAUGAUACCAAUCUCAGCUUGUGAAUCUGUUAAGUUACAAUUGCAAUAUAACAUUAAUAUAUUAUUGUAAUAACGACUAGUUACAUGCCCAACCAUUUAAAAAAAAGUGCGCUUGCUUCUAUUUUUUCAAGAGCGUUCUUUUAAUUUUUUUGUCUGUUUCAAAAUUAUUAAUAGAUAAAUUUAUCGAAAUUAUUCUUGCGUUUUUAAAUAAUUGAAAGUUUAAAAAAUUGUUACAGGUUUUUAAAAAAAAUCUAGUUGAGGUAUGACGACCGCAUUCUAAUACAAAAAUACUUUUUGUUGUAUAUUAAAAUUGUAAAGAUUACAUUCUUUUGUAUCGUUUAUUUCAUUCCUAUUAAAAUGAAAAUUAAAUACGAUAUUGUUUUAAUUUAUUGUAGUUAAAAUUAAAAUAUAGGUAUUUAGUUAUAAAAGCGGUUUUUUUAAUUUUGGCAGUUUGUCGUCGAUAAAAAUACCUAAAAAUUAUUUUUUUUUAAAUUUUAGUCAAUUAUUUAGCAUAAUUGAAUUGUAUGAAUUAAAAUUCAUUAGAAGUGUUAGUUAUUGAUCUGAUUUUUUGAGUAGUUUUUUUAUAUUCUGUAAAUAUACAGAGAGAAAAUUUUUAUUACAUUUUUUCUUAAUUGAGUAAUGAAGGGAGAGCUUUUUUCUUUUAAUUUUAAAAUAUGGAUUUUUGGCGAGCGCACGAAUGUAUAAAUUAGAAUUAAGGCCAGUGUUACAUGUAUACGCAGUGUACUCAUAUCAUACGAUGGAAUCAUUACAAGAAAAAAAAUGUAUACUGUUUUACGCGCGAAGAUUUUACGGUAAUGUUUUGCUAUCUUUUUAUAGAAUAUUAUUUUUCUCUCUCUUUCUUUCCUAAGUGCAAAAUGAGUUUAUUGGUUUUACGACGAGAGCCAGUAUCGAUACAUAUAGAUUUGUGAUACCAACUUACUCACUGUAUGAAUUUAAAAAGAAAACAUGAAAAAAGGUACCAACAUUCUACCGUAAAUUACGUUUUUACUUCUAUUGUUAUCGUCUCGUUAAAAGAAAAAAAGCGAAUUCUUCCCCUCAUUAAUUCCAUUUUUAGGUGAAAUGGAAAUUUUUUUUGUCGCGUCGUAAAAAGAAAUUUUUUUUUGAUAUUAUGUCUCAGGAAUCUAAUUUAUUUUCUUGUGAACUUCUUGAAAAUUUUUAGAAUUUUUAAUAAUAUAUUUAAUUAAUUAAAAAAUCAAAAUUAUUGAAAACGGGAUAAUUUCCGUUUAUUACUUGUGCGACUGUUAUUUUCUUUCUUCAAAAUCAAAAAUUCAAUGAUUAGGCUUUUAUUGUUUUUAUUUUGAUAGAUGGAUUUUUACACACAAGAUAUAUCUAUAUAAAUAUGUAAUAAAUAUAUACAAAUAAAAUUCUGCGACAUUUAAAAAAAAAUGUGUUCAUUAUUUAUCACUAACACAACUAUAUACACGCGCGUGAAAUUUUGACACCCCUUGUUAGUUAUACUUUCUUUUUGAAAUUUAAUGAAAAUUUAUUGUUUUCUAAAAAAUAUAAUUUUCCGAAAUACAAUUUUACAAAUAAAAUUAAAUUAAAUUCUUUCAAACAUAAAAUUUAUUUUAAUGAAAUUUUU